ACAGCGUGACCUGACACAUUUUAUCUUCCAAUUCUAGAGAGAGAGAGAGCAGUUGAAAUUGAAUGUUUUGAUUUUUGAAUUGUUGGUGAACUGAACCUGUCAAUGUUUUAAAUUGCUGGUAGUUAAUCUCUUUCUUUUUUGUAUAUUUUGACUCUAGCUAGGUGGGAAGAUUCUUCUGAUUUCUUCAGUGGAUUUAUUACUAUUAACUGAGAUUAUGAGCUUUUCAUGUCAGUUUCACAGUUAAGGAGCAGAAACCGUUUCUGGGUCUUGCUGAUUCUGACAAAACUCUUUAUGGGUCGUUGUCUUCAUGUCAUUUGAGCAUGAAUGACUCGAUUUUUAUGAGUGUCAUCUCAUGGUUGCUGAUUGGAGAAGCAUGAUUGGGAGUUGUUAAAGCAAAGUCUUGGGGUGGUUGGUGUAUCAAAUUUUGAGGCAUUUCUGAGAUCAUACAUUGGUGUCUGUCUGAGAGAGAAAAAGAGAGAGAAAGAGUUUGAAGAUGAAGCCACAUUGGGUUGCUUUCUCAGUUACUGAUUCUUAAAGCUAUAAUCAUCGAUUCUGCUCCUACCAAAUCAAAAUCAUGGUGGAAGAUAAUGAUGUUGCAAUUGAAUCACGUUCCACAGAAGAAUGGUUGUUGCAUACACAAGAACUUGUACCUGUUGCAGUUAACAAAGCAAGAGAGGUUAAGGUUUUUUCUUGCAGAUGGAAGGUGAUCAUUUCGAAAUUAGAACAGAUCCCGUCGUGUUUAUCAGACUUAUCAAGCCAUCCAUGCUUCUCAAAGAAUGCUCUUUGCAAAGAACAGUUGCAGGCUGUGUCAAGAACACUCAUUGAAGCAAUUGAAUUGGCUGUGUUCUGUGUGAAGGAAAGGUAUGAGGGUAAGCUUCGCAUGCAGAGUGAUCUCGAUGCAUUAACCGGGAAGCUCGAUUUGAAUUUAAGGGACUGUAUGCUUCUGAUCAAAACUGGUAUGCUUGGCGAGGCUUUUGCUUCAUUAGCGCCAGCUGUGGUAGAAUCAGAUGUUGCUGCUACACACAACAACAUAAGGGAAUUGCUCGCGCGCCUUCAGAUCGGUCACAUGGAAGCAAAGCAUAAAGCUUUAGACAACCUUGUUGAGGUCAUGAAAGAAGAUGAGAAGAAUGUUUUAUCCGUUCUUGGUCGGAGUAACAUUGCUUCUUUAGUUCAAUUGCUCACAGCAACAUCACAUAGGAUAAGAGAGAAAGCAGUAACGGUUAUCUGCUCGCUCGCGGAAUCUGGAAGUUGUGAGAAUUGGUUAGAUUCUGAAGGGGUUUUGCCUCCUCUCAUAAGGCUUGUUGAAUCAGGCAGUGCUGUGGGGAAAGAGAAGGCUGCAAUUACCCUUCAGCGGCUGUCAAUGGAGGCGGAAACUGCGCGUGCGAUCGUUGGAAACGGUGGUGUUCGCACGCUGGUUGAGCUUUGUCAAACCGGUGACUCCGUGUCACAAGCUGCUGCAGCUUGUGCUCUCAAGAACAUAUCAGCAGUUCCUGAGGUGAGACAAACUUUAGCUGAAGAAGGGGUUGUGAGGGUUGCCAUCAAUUUGUUGAACUGUGGAAUGUUGUUAGGUUCUAAAGAGUAUGCUGCUGAGUGUUUGCAGAAUCUCACUGCAAGCAACGAGAAUUUAAGGAGGAGUGUUGUGUCAGAAGGUGGAGUGAGAAAUCUUCUAGCUUAUCUUGAUGGUCCACUUCCUCAGGAAUCUGCUGUUGGAGCAUUGAGGAAUCUGGUCGGAUCGGUCUCGGAUGAAACUUUGAUUUCAAUGGGGCUCCUUCCGCGCUUGGUUCAUGUUCUGAGGUCUGGAUCUUCCAGUGCUCAGCAGGCUGCCACAUCCGCGAUUUGCCGGGUUUGCAGGUCAACAGAGAUGAAGAAAUUGGUUGGUGAAGUGGGCUGCAUUCCUCUCCUUGUGAAGAUGCUUGAGGCUAAAUCUAACAGUGCUAGGGAGGUUGCUGCACAGGCAAUUGCAAGCUUGAUGGUUCUGUCACGGAAUCGCGGGGAAGUUAAGAAGGAUGGUAAGAGUGUGCCAAAUCUGGUUCAGUUGCUUGAUUCAAGUCCUCAAAACACUGCAAAAAAGUAUGCAGUUUCUUGCCUUGGAUCACUUUCUUCUAGUAAGAAGUGUAGGAAGCUUAUGAUCUCAUAUGGGGCAAUUGGGUAUCUUAAGAAACUUACUGAGAUGGACAUUCCAGGAGCUAAAAAGCUACAUGAGAGGUUGGAAAGAGGGAAAUUGAGGAGUUUGUUUAGCAAGAAAUAGAGAGUGAAAAAACUGUUACUUCUUGUAUCAUGAUUCAUGAAACAAAAUGGAUAAGACUGCUAAUCUAUGCAAUGUAAUCAAUGUUAGAUUGUAUUAUAAAUAUUUAAACUUUUAAUGUA